UUUGCUCACACCUCUGAGAAAUUCACCACUUCGCUGACAGCGCCGCUGUCGUUCUUUUCAGCAAACUUCCGCCGCGUGUCUACAUUGCUUCGUGAAGUUUUUCGCUAAAAAUGGUUGUUAAGAAGGGAGGACCCAAGGGACGCCCAGGCGGUAAACAUAAGAAGAAGCGCGUGGGAAAGAAGGUUGCGCCUCCGCCCCUCGCGGUGAAGAAAGUUGAGCCCAAGAAGGUGACUAAUCCACUGUUUGAGAAGCGCACCAAGAACUUCGGCAUUGGCCAAAAUGUGCAGCCCAAGAGGGAUUUGGCCAGAUUUGUGAAGUGGCCCAAGUACAUUCGCAUCCAGCGCCACAAAUCGGUGCUGCAGAAACGCUUGAAGGUGCCUCCUCCGGUGAAUCAGUUCACCCAGACGGCCGAUAAGCAGACGGCGGUGCAGCUGUUCAAGUUGCUGGACAAGUACCGUCCGGAAAGUGAGCUGGCCAAGAAAAUGCGCCUGAAGAAUGCUGCCGAGGCCAAGGCUAAAGGUAAGGAAGCCCCGCCAUCCAAGAAGCCGAACAGCAUCCGCUCCGGAACGAACACGGUGACGAAGUUGGUGGAGCAGAAGAAAGCCUCGCUCGUGGUGAUUGCUCACGAUGUGGACCCCAUUGAGCUGGUUCUCUUCCUCCCGGCCUUGUGCCGCAAGAUGGGCGUCCCGUACGUGAUCGUGAAGGGUAAGGCUCGCCUGGGCGUUCUGGUGAGACGCAAGACCUGCACAUGCGUCUGCCUGACUCAGGUUGAUGGCAAUGACCGCGUGACUCUUGGUAAACUCGUUGAAACCGUGAAAAAUAACUACAAUGAGCGGUACGACGAGAUCAGGAAGCACUGGGGAGGAGGACUGCUCGGCUUCAAGAGCAUCGCCCGCCAGAGGAAGUUGGAGAAGGCCAAGGCGCGUGAGUUGGCCCAGAAGCGCGCAUAAACAUGUAUUGUCCCGAAAUAAGGAAAUACAAGAAUGAUAAGAAAAUUG